CCUCACUCAUCCAUUGAACGGGCCAAAUUCCGCAAAAGAUUUCAUUGAUUGUUGCGUGACAACGUUUGACGGCCAUCCAUUGCACCGUGUGCCUAUGCAUCAGAGGCCACAGGCAGGCAUGUCCAAUCCAAAGAAGCGUGCCGCCGAGUCGGCGCCUCCCGCAUGGACCAAGAAGCGCAAGACCAAAUCUCAGCAGGAUGACGAGCUUCUCGACAUGGAGCUCGGCGUCAAUACGCUCUUCGCCCGCAUGGACAACCAGCUGCUCGCAGACCACCUCGCCCAGAAACUAACGCGUUUCGGCGGCGAUCUCAGCUCCGUCGAGCUGUCAGACCUGACCGUCUCGGCAAACUCAAUACGAGAUACGACGGAAUGGAAAGAGACGAGGACGCUGGAUCACCUGCCUGACUUCAUGGAGAAGUUUGCAGAGGAUCCCGCGAGCCUGGGCAAGGCGCCCAAGAAGAAAGGCGCGCCGCACACGCUCAUCGUCGCAGGUGCAGGCCUGAGAGCGGCGGACAUUGUCAGAGCGGUCCGCAAGUUCUCUAGCAAAGACAACGUCGUGGCGAAACUGUUCGCCAAGCACAUGAAGGUCGAGGAGCAAGUCACCUUCCUCAAGAACAGGAAAACGGGCAUCGGCGUCGGCACUCCUGCGCGCCUCAUGGAGCUCAUCGACAACGGGGCGCUCUCGCUGGACAACCUGCAGCGCGUCAUCGUCGAUGCCUCGCACGUUGAUCAGAAGAAGCGCGGCGUCCUGGACAUGAAGGAUACGAUGAUGCCCCUGGCGCGGUUCCUGGUGAGGGACGAGUUCAGGGAGAGGUAUGUGGACGAGAAGAAGCCGCUGGCGCUGCUGUUCUAUUAGAUACCCGGGGAGGGCUGGUCGGUCCGCUAGCUGCACAUGGGAAUACAAAGCGCUUGCCGUGCGUUGUCCAAAGAGGCCACUUACUUGGGAUCGGUCUCUCUGUCACUUCGCAAUCGUUCAGGGAGAAGGAGCGUUGUGGCGGGGAUCGUCUUGUGUCUUUGGCGAUGUGACAG